AUGGUAUCAAGCGAUACUUCUUUUGACAGUGUCGCUAUGUUUCCUACUGGAUGUUUCUAUUCGCCUCAAAUGCAAACCUCUAAAUGGACUAAUGAGGAUCCAACAUCUCGUCAUAUCAAUGGCUUGGAAACCAAAUAUGAUCCUACAGCAAGAUUUUCACAAAUGGAUUCUACCAAAUAUUCAUUUCAAAGUUCACCAAAAUGUUCACUGGAUCUAAAGUGCUCACAAGAUGUACGAUGGUCGUCGCAUGCAGAAUUCCCUUAUCAACUACAAUUUCCGCCAACAGUUACGGAAACCUAUCCCACUGAUCCUUUUCCAUCAACAUCGGUAGCAUUCAAAAUGGAAAAUAGCUAUUCAUAUCCCAGCACUGUUAUUCCGCAAGUGUAUACCCCGCAGUCUACUGACUAUUUUACUGCUUCGCAACAAUUUUCAUCAUUCAAGAUGCCAACAAUGAACAGCAUAAAUAGCGCUAAGAUGGCUUCGUCAAAUGCGGUGUCCAGCACAUCAAAUCUACCGUAUCGGACGGGACCUGGAACAAACAAUGUUCGUGUUAGAACUAGCGAGAAAUAUCGUAUGGUAUAUACGGAUCAUCAGCGGCUGGAAUUGGAAAAAGAAUUCUUAUUGUCACAUUUUAUUAAUGCAGAACGAAAAGCUCAGUUGUCGUCAAGCCUUCAGCUGACAGAGAGGCAAAUUAAGAUAUGGUUCCAAAACAGUAGGCAGUGA